CUCCGUGAAUUCGGGUAUAUCAAUAGGAGCUUAUAGCGCUUGGAAGGCCACAGUGCUCGAUUUGUGCUAAGCUUUCGUUGUGGUGCGUCGGAGCUCUGGUUCAUACUCCCAGGCCUUUUCGAAGCCGCCGUUGUUCCACCCGACCAAUUUACUGCUUUAACCAGCUACCAAUCUAUAUAUCAUACCAAAAGAUUAGGCCUGUUACUUGCGCGUGAAGUGCUCAGGAACUGCACUACUUCGCGGCCGACUUUCUGUGCGAGCCUACAAGUUCAUUGCACAGAAGGCAUUGAAAUCUCUGAGCCUAGACUGGGAGCUCCUUCAUUCUUGAGCGCCCGGGGGGACAUGCAGUGUCCCACGGCGAAGUCUCGAAGCGGCCCCCAGCUUGCCAUGGACUUGCUGCGUUGCAAGUAGAGCUAGCAGCUGGACGGCCUCCGCCGCCUGAGCGGAGGCCAACGGCGGAACCAAAAUGAACCGGGGCUCGGGGUGGAGCUUGUUAGACGCCGUGCGCAACCACUCUGUGGAGGCGGUGCAGGCGUGUCUCGACGGAGGAGCCAACAUAAAUGAGCGCGACAACCAAAACAACACGCCGCUCAUCCUUGCGGCCUCCAAGGGCAGCGUAGCGCUGGUGCGCCAGCUGCUGGCCGCCGGCGCCGACGCCACCUGCCAGAACAGCAGCGGCCACACGGCGCUCACGCGCGCCUGCGCCGCCGGCAAGGUGGAGGUGGUGCAGCUGCUGCUGGCGCACCCCAGCCCCUCCGCCGCCGCCGCUUCGCACCUGAACCUGCGCGACAACCACGGCAACACCGCGCUGCUGUGGUGCGCGCGCACCGGCAACGCGCAGCUGUGCAAGCUGCUGCUGGAUGCGGGCGCCAACGUGAACCAGCCAGACAGCAGCGGCCGCACGCCCAUCUUCCACGCCUGCGUGGCGGGCAGCAGCGCUGUGGCGCAGCACCUGGUGGCGGCGGGCGCGGACCUUUCGGCGCGCGACACGUCCGGCAAGACGGCGCUGGAUUACGUGCAGCAGAACGCGGAGAUGCGGGCGCUGCUGCAGUCGGCGGCCAUGGGCAGCCGCCGCACCAGCUUCACCGGCGGCGCGACCGGCAGCGUCUCCGCCAGCGGGUUCCUCAGCAGCCCAGGCAUGGCGGCGGCAGCGGCGGCAGGCUCGCUCACACCGCCGGGCAGCGCGCCCACCUCGGUGGCCAUGAAUGCGGCGCCGGGGUCGUUCAAUGUGAGCGGCCUGGCCAGCGGCGGGCCGGUCAGCGCCGGCGGGGUGGCGGGCGGCACGAUAGCCAUGCUAAGCUCGCCGGCGCUGCGCGCGUCGCUGGUCGCGGGCAGCAACAGCAACAACAACAGCGCGCGGCCCUCGCAGGCGUUCCACUCGCUCACGACGGCCUUGCAGAGCGGCAGCGAUGCCACCGUGAUCUCCAUGCUGGCGGCCCCCGGCGCGGAGGCACUGCUGCAGCAGCGCGACAUGCUGCGCAACAGCGCGCUUCACUUCGCCGCCAGCCGUGGCUCGCUGCCCGUCAUCAGCCGGCUGCUGGAGCUGGGCCGCGGCUUGUACGGCCCGCCGGUGGCGGGCGGCGGCACGCUGGGGAACGGCAGCGAGUCGGGCGCGGGCGCGGGCAACGGCAACUGGGUGGACGACUCUAACAUGGACGGCCACACGGGGCUGUACCUGGCCUGCCGCGGUGGGCACCGGGCGGUGGUGCAGGUGCUGCUGGCGGCGGGCGCCAGCCCCAACACGCCCUCGCGCGAGGCCUCCACGCCGCUGCACGCGGCGGCCGCGGGCGGGCACGGCGACAUCGUGCGGCUGCUGCUGGACCGCGGCGCGGCGCUCAACGCGGCCGACUCGCACAACAACACGCCGCUGCUGCGCGCGGCGGAGCUGGGGCACGCCAACGUGUGCAGCAUACUGCUGCGGCAGGGCGCCUCCAUCAACGCGCGGCGCAGUGACGGCAGCACAGCCCUGCUGCUGGCGGUGAGGGGCGGGCGCCAGAACGUGGUGCAGGUGCUACUGGCGGCGGGGGCCAACCCCAACAUCGCGGACAACGACGGCGAGACGCCUCUCAUAGAGGCCUCAACUGCGGGCGCGGCGGGCGUUGUCCAGACGCUGGUGUCUCACGGCGUGGACGUGCAGGCCUGCAACCACAUCGGCGAGACGGCGCUGAUGCGCGCCAGUGUGCACAGCGACCCGGCCAUCGUGGAAGAGCUGAUAUCGGUGGGCGCCCGGCUGGACGCGGCGGAUCGGGAGCUGGGCUUCACGGCGCUCAUGUACGCCGCCAGCCAGGGCAGCGCCGCGGUGGUGGGCCGGCUGCUGUCCGCGGGCGCGGCGGUGGGCCACGCCAACAACAUGGGCAUCUCGGCACUGCUGCUGGCCAGCCGGUCCGGCUACCUGGAGGUGGUGGAGCAGCUGCUGGCGGCGGGCGCCUCCAUCGACCAGGCCGACCUCAAGGGCUACACGCCGCUGAUGGUGGCCUGUGUGGGCGGCUAUACGGGCGUGGUGUCGCACCUGCUGCGCGCGGGCGCCAACGUCAACCUGCGCAACUACGAGGGCUAUACCGCCCUGUCAGCCGCGCUGGAGUUCGGGCAGAAGGGCGUGGCGGAGCUGUUGGUGCGGCACGGCGCCGACGCCACGGCUCUGUCGGGGGCGGCCUCACUGGGCUCGGCCACUGGGAAUGGCUCACUGAAGGCGGGAGGCGGAGGAGGGGGGCAAGGCGGCGUGUCGCAAGACGGGGGCGUGGUCAGCGGCGGGCUGGGCAGCGGCGUGGGCCCGGGCGGCGGCGGCGCGAACGCGCAUCCGGGCGGGGGAACGUCGCGGAUGGCGGUCGGCGGCGGCGGGGCUGGCGGUGGCGGCGGGGGUGGGGGCGGGGGCAUGCACCAUAUGGACGGGUUGCCGAACAGUGUGUCGGGGACCAACCUGGCGGGCAUGGUGGGGGCAGGCGGCGGGGGCGCCGGGGCCGGCGCUGCGGCCAACGGCGGCGGCGGGCCGGUUACGCACGCCUCCAAGUUCCUGCAGGAGCUGGACGUGUACGAGGUGCCGCAGCGGCGCAGCAGCAAGCAGAACAUGGCGUCGGCAGCGGUUGCGGCGGGGCUGCGCGAUGUGGGCAACGGCAACAACAACGGCGCCGGCAGCCGCUCCGCCGGCCAGCUGUCGACAGGGCCUGGCGGCGGCGACCUGACGCGCGGCGCGCCCAACGGCCUUCUGCAGCAGCCCAACCACCACCACCUCACGCUCGAUGACGCCUCCCAUGCCUCCACCUCCUCUGACUUGUCAAAAGACGUCAACGCCUCGCCAGACAAACGCCUGGUUGCGGGGCCGGGCGGCGUUGCCGGUGGGACCAGCGGCGGGCAGAAUGGCGCCGGCGGCUACCCCAUUCACUCGUCGCUCAAAGGCGGCGGACUGAGCGGCCACGGCGGCGGCGGCACACCGCCACGGCCGCUGUUCAAGAAGGCCGGUCCGCCGCCCGACAACCUCAUCGUCCUCGACCCAGAUGGCCCGGACCUGUUUGAGCCGGGCAUGGUGUACCGCAGCCCCUGGGCCAAGGUGGUGGCGUUCCGGGACCCAAGCGCCGACGACGUGAUAUGGUACGAGCCGAGCGAGCCCGACGAGGUCGAGCACGCCGCGCCCACCAGCGAGCCGGGCUGUAGCUGCGUCAUCAGCUAAGAGAUGGGACUGAUUGAAUUCGUAAUACAGCACACGAGUGUUUAACAAUGUGCUGGUUGGGUUGCCUGGGCGCCUGAGCGUUGUGAAGGAUGGCGGGAGUGCAAGUGAGCCGGCGGCUCCGCCCGGCGCGGCGUGUUUCGGUGGUUGCGGCCAAGGAGGAACGCCGGUGACACACGAAACGCCGGAGGCGCGAGCAGUGGGUGCGCUGCGACAGGGCGGAAGCGUGGACAGGAUUGGCUUGUAUUGAGGCCGUGUGCGAUUCGUGCGGUGGUUGCGAUGAUGACGGCUUGAGCUCGCAUGAUCCCUGGUACGAGUGUGGCGUGGUAAGCGCUGUGCUGUGAUAGCGCGGUUGUGGGGCUGGGUACAGCAUGUGACGCGUGGCGCAAUGACAGCAGUGCUGCGGGAGACGGGGCGCAAGUUACGUGGGGCAGUGUUUGUCGUGGUGAACGACCGAAAACCAUGUGGUGUGGAUACUUGUGGCCUGGACGCUGGAGGAGACUCAAUCAAACGGUUGCGCUUGAUAGUGCUGCGUUAGCUGGGCAGGGUUGAGAGAAUCAAUACGAAAUACGAACCGAACUGCGCCAGUGUGCGGUACGUGGUUCACAGCGUUGGAUGCGCAGCUGUGUACAGUGCUCGUAUCUUAAGAAGGCAGGCGCGGCGCCAGUGACAGAUUUCCGAAAACAGGCAUCUUUGAUUUUCAGAAACCCGCUGCCGCCGCAUCUUUCAUCCCCAAAGAUUUUGCGGGGGCUCCGCCCCCGACCUAUGCACGAAUCGUGUCAGGCUUGCCCUGUUGUAGCGUGCCAAAUGCGGCUGCAGUUGCCCCCAGCCCACGUUUCGGCUCAGGCACUGUAAGAUAUUCUGCCG